CCAAUCAGAAACCUCGUUACCUCAGUGAGACAAGAGCGCCGCGCCCAUUGCCAGACGCGUACGGAGAAACAGACCGCUGCAGAAAGGAACGACGAAAACAAACUCGUUAACGGAGAAAAACGCGAGCUCCCGUUUUCCCCCCGAGUCACUGUCCAUUCCUGCCGCACAUUAAGAGCCCAAACAAGCGUGUGCCAUGAACGGAGACUCAGGUGCAGGGGUGGUGACGGCCCCCCCGCCCACCAACCCCCCUCAUAAAGAGCGUUAUUUCGACCGUGUGGAUGAGAGCAGCGCUGAGUACCAGAGGGAGAGGAACAUGGCACCCGACCUGCGGCAGGACUUCAACAUGAUGGAACAGAGAAAGAGGGUCUCCAUGAUCCUCCAGAGUCCUGCCUUCUGCGAUGAACUGGAGACUCUGAUCCAGGAUCAGAUGAAGAAAGGGAAAAACCCCACUAGUCUUCUUGCUCUCCAGCAGAUCGCUGACUUCAUGACCACCAGUGUGCCUACCAUGUACCCAGCUGCCCCACAGGGUGGUAUGGCAGCCCUAAACAUGAGUUUGGGGAUGGUUACUCCAGUAAAUGACCUCAGGGGUUCAGACUCCAUCGCCUAUGAUAAGGGAGAGAAGCUGCUGCGCUGUAAACUGGCUGCCUUUUACCGUCUGGCCGAUCUGUUCGGCUGGUCUCAGCUCAUCUACAACCAUCUAACUGUCAGGCUGAACUCUGAACAGGAACGCUUUCUCAUCGUCCCUUUUGGGCUUCUGUACAGUGAAGUCACAGCCUCCAGUCUGGUGAAGAUCAACCUGCAGGGCGAAAUCGUAGACAGGGGGAGCACAAAUCUGGGUGUUAACCAGGCCGGAUUCAUGCUCCACUCCGCCAUCUACGCUGCCCGUCCUGACGUCAAGUGCAUAGUGCACAUUCACACGCCCGCUGGGGCUGCGGUCUCUGCUAUGAAGUGCGGUCUGCUGCCCAUCUCACCUGAAGCUCUGUCGCUUGGGGAGGUGGCGUACCACGAUUACCACGGUAUUCUGGUGGAUGAGGAGGAGAACGUCCUCAUACAGAAGAACCUGGGUCCAAAGAGCAAGGUGCUGAUUUUGAGGAAUCACGGUCUUGUAUCUGUUGGGGAGACAGUCGAAGAAGCUUUUUACUACAUUCACAAUGUGGUCACCGCAUGUGAGAUUCAGGUCCGCACCCUCGCCAGUGCCGGCGGCCCAGACAACCUAGUGAUGUUGGACCCUGGGAAGUAUAAGUUCCGCCAACGUCACCUCGAGCCAGCUGGAGACGGGUCGAGCCCGCACCCGAAGUGGCUCAUCGGGGAGCAGGAGUUUGAAGCGUUGAUGAGGAUGCUGGAUAACCUGGGCUACAGGACUGGCUAUCCGUACCGUUGUCCGGCGCUGCGUGACAAAGCUAAAAAGUACAGUGAUGUUGAGAUCCCCCCGUCAGCCACGGGCUACUCGUACACAGACGACAGUGACUCGGGUGCGCGCUCCCCCUUAAAACACAGCUUUCAGUGGCAACAGCGGGAUAAGAACCGCUGGCUGGCUUCAGGGCGGCCUGACGAUUCGACAGAGGAGGGGCAGGAUGGCAGCGGUAGCCCCAAGGCGAAGACUAAGGUGUGGACGAACAUAACACACGAUCACGUCAAACCCUUGCUGCAGUCGCUCUCGACCGGUGUCUGCGUGCCAAGCUGUAUUACCAACUGCUUGUGGGCUAAGGAGGACGGUGUCCGACAGGCCGUCGUGGCCAAUCAGUUUGUCCCGCUGAACACCAACCCUAAAGACGUCCAAGAAAUGCGCAACAAGAUCCGUGAGCAGAAUCUGCAGGACAAGAAGACCGCCGGACCGCAGUCGCUGUUGCUCACAGGUGCGGGGGUGGAUCGCUCCUUCGUCCAGAAAGUGACCAUAUGGCAUGACGCUCCUCUGUCUGACUGCAGGGACUCUAUUGAUGGCAUUGACCUGUCAGACAGCUUUAGUCCUGCUAGGUCUGUUCGAAAGGGGGAGCUGGUGACUGCAUCUAAAGCCAUUAUUGAGAAGGAGUACCAGCCGUGUGUUAUUGUGACUAAAACCGGACCAAACCCCUUCAACAAGCUCACAGAUCAAGAUCUGGUGGAGUACCGCAGGGAGGUGGAGCUCAAACAGAAAGGCCCGGAAGCACAGGCUGAGGAAUCCGUCCGCACUCCACUUUCAGAAGAAGUCCAGACCCCCUCCGCCUCUCCAGAGACCACCUCCACGCAGGAGAACGAGGAGCCACGGGUCACCGAAGCCCCUCCGCCUUCUAUAAUCCCUAGUCGAGACGCUGAAUCAGAGCCCGUGUCGGGUGGAGAGAGCCCGUCACAUCCUCCAGAAUCCCCUCAUAAAGAGUUCCACUGUGCGGUACUGAAAGCUCUGGGCUGUGACGCAGAACUGACCGCAUUUACUCAACCAGAAUCAAACGGGCCGGAUGCAGGUCAGACACAAGACAUUGAAGAGGGGAAAGUUCCUAGCGGCACCUGCACUCCUCCCAGCUCACCUGUGCGUGUAGAAGAACCGGCACCACAGAACCAGUCGAGUAAAGACCAAAGCGACCCCGCCACUUUAAGACAAACCCUCCCUGAUCUCACCCCCGACGAACCCUAUGAAGUAGCCACCCUACCUGCAGAAGAGCCCGCCCCUGAACACACAGACUCCGCCCCUCAGCCUGAGGGGGAGGAGCCUUCUGCUGGUGACGACGCAGCCGGUGACCACGGCAGUGACGGAUCGCCCAACAAAUCCCCUUCAAAGAAGAAGAAAAAGUUUCGCACCCCGUCUUUCUUGAAGAAAAACAAAAAGAAGUCUGAGACCUAGAGAUGAAGGUCGCUCAGGUGUUUGGCAAUACUCGUCUUUAAAUCCAUUGGGUUGUUUUUACCACGUCUCCUUACUUUUAUUAUUUGUCAAUCUCUUUUUAUCAUUGAAAGGUCAGAUUUGUUUUUAUUCUGUUAAGCGUUCUUAAUAAAUGCUGGCCGACCGCUCAAGUCUCUUUGGGAAGCGUGUGUCUUGUGAGGCAUGUGUAUACGCUGUUUUUAUAAAGAUCUGAAUAACCGCUAUCAUGUAUGAGAAUGUAUCUAAUGUUCAUAGGAGAAAACCUUCAGGACCCUCGUGGUGUUGAAAUCAAUUCAGAAUCUGCUGCAUGCUUCUGUCUGUAAGUUUGUCAAAACUAUGAAUCACAACAGAUCCCACUUGAGCAGAUGCAGAAGAGUAUAAAACAUGUGCUUAAAAUAAAACUUGUUUAGGACGGAAAUGAAUUUGCAUAUUUAAAUCUCAUUACACCUGUUAGAAUAAAGUUUGUCAUUUUUCAGCCUAAAAUCUUUCAUAACUUCAUCAAGUUUGCAAAGCAUCUACACUACAGAACUCUUCUUCUCUUCUGUUCACUAACUUUCCUCCUGCAGUGAUGUGAAUAAAAUGUUUCUUUUGAUUGUAAAGUAUAUUUGAGUUUAUUGUUUAGCUGGAGGUUUAUGUCCAGUAGUUUGACAUCGCUGUCAUAAUGUCGACCUUUAAUUCUUUCAUUGAAAUGAAUAAACACGCUGCGUAAAAUCAUCAAGAAAUGAAGUCGGACUGAUCUACAGCUGUUUGAUGUUCACACACUCAUACACACUCCUAGUGUGUGUCUAUAAUAACACUGUGAAAAUAUUCAUGGACCCGUCAUGAAGGACCACACGUGAACUGUGUGAAUCUCACUAAGAUUUAAACAAAUCAAACAACAAAUCUUAUUUAUGAUUUUUUUGCGUGUGACAUUUCAAAGACGAGUAUAUCUCUCCCUCAGAAAACUACAUUUCAUUUGACAAAUUAAUAAGUAAAGUUGCAUGAAACAAAUACACAUUACAGUUUCAAUGAUAAAUCAUCAGUUUGUAGUAAUAUAGUUGUUUUAUCUGAUGGUGAAGAGAAUUAGAGGAUGGAGAUCAACUGUGAACAUAAAUAAUACUGAUGGAGGCGAUUUAUAAACUUGAUUUGUGUGAAAAAUAUGAGCGAACACUUAAUGAGAUUCACAGUUCACACACAGUUGCUUUUUGUCAACAUGAAUGUCAAAGAUCAUCUUGAUGUGGAUCAGAAGAAAUGUGAAAUAUCUGAUGUUCACUAACAAACACAACACAAGAGUUUACUGAAGGACUGCAGGACAUAAACACCUCCAGCUUCUGAUCUUUCUGUUUGUUUUCUACUCAACUGUUUCAUAUUAACAUUUACUAACUGACAUGAUUUUAUUUAAAGCUUCUUGUUCAGUUUCUAACAUGCAGAUGAUGUUCAAUCUCUCAAUGAUUUUCUCUUUGUUCUGUUGUACAGUUGUGUGGAAUACAGUUUUAUAAUCACAUCUCUUUUUUUUUCAUGGAACUUCAUAUUUCGCAGCCAUGAAUAAAAUAUAAUCUUUAAAAACA